GUGAGCUUGAACUCUUGCAACAAUGUUUGCGUGGAUAAUCUGCGCUGCGGCAGCAGUUCCGCUGGUGUACUUCCUGAUCGUGUACCAGUUCAGCUACUGGAAACGUCGUGGGAUCACACAACUCACUCCAUCAUUCCCAUUUGGAGAUCUUGGACCGUUCUUUCGGCAACGGUCCAGCCUCGGAGUGGUCUACGCCGAUGUGUACCGGCUGUGCAAGCGCCUACCCUUUGUGGGGAUCUACCUUUCCUUGCGGCCAAUGCUGGUGGUCAACGACCCCGAGUUGAUUAAAAAUGUGCUUGUGCGUGAUUUUGACCACUUUCACGAUCGUGGACUGUACGUGAACGAGGAGAAGGACCCACUCAGUGGGCAUUUGUUUGCACUCGGUGGCGAACAGUGGCGCCAUCAUCGGUCCAAGCUAACGCCAACGUUCACCUCGGGAAGGUUGAAGGAGAUGUUCACGAACUUGGUCCAAAUUGGGCGUGUUCUCCAAGAUCACGUGGCGAAACGUGCUGGGGAGGACAUCGAAAUUCGGGACGUGAUGGCGCGGUACACUACCGAUAUCAUUGCAUCGGUUGGAUUCGGAAUCGAAAAUGACUCCAUCAACGAAAAGGGCAACAUUUUCAGGGAAAUGGGAACGAAGGUGUUCUCUCCUGAUCUUAAGACGAUACUUCGAUUGACGAGCACAUUUUUCACUCCAAAGCUGAACGCACUGUUUGGAUUCAAAUUUAUCGCACAGGAGAUUGAAGACUUCAUCAUGAACGUUGUACGUGAAACCCUGGAGUACAGAGAAAGCAACAAAGUCGUCCGGAAGGAUAUGAUGCAGCUGCUCAUGCAGCUACGUAACUCCGGAACGGUUUCGAUCGACGAUCGAUGGGACAUCGAAGUGUCAACCAACAAGAAAAAGCUGUCCCUGGAACAAGUCACAGCACACGCGUUCGUAUUCUUCAUAGCAGCAUACGAAACAUCAUCGACCACCAUUUCGUUCUGCUUGUUCGAACUGGCACGCAAUCCGGAGAUUCAAAAGAAAGUGCAACAAGAAAUUGACCAAGUUCUCGCAAGCCACAACGGCGAAAUCACCUACGACAACAUCAACGAAAUGAAAUACCUCGAAAACUGCAUCGACGAAACGCUCCGAAAGUAUCCGGCAGUUCCGUUCCUGAACCGUGAGUGUUCUAAGGAUUACAAAAUCCCCGGAACAGACACCACCAUCGAGAAAGGAACAUCGUUAGUCAUUCCAGUCCUCGGACUACACCGCGAUCCCGAUCACUACCCGGAACCGGACAGGUUCAUUCCGGAACGGUUCAGCAACUUUGAAGAUAUUUCCACCAAACCGUAUCUUCCGUUUGGGGCAGGACCUCGCAACUGUAUUGGACUGAGAUUGGGCAAGCUGCAAACAAAGGCGGGACUGGUGAUGAUGCUGUCCAAGUUUAACGUGCGGCUUGCUGAUGAAACUUACGCCAGCAAAGAGCUAGCGCUCGAUGCGCGAAGUGUGGUUCUAAUGCCGGUUGGAGGUAUUAAGGUGUCGAUUUCGGAACGGAGGGCUUCGUAAUACAAAUUGAAGUGACUCGUAAUAUAAUACUUAAAUAUCACAAUAAAUGAUACUAAAAUAAACUAUUUAAUGAA